AUGCCCGCCCCUGAGCCCAAGGGCUCGAACAAGGCGACCUUCUGUCCCGUCUCGCUUCCCGGAGGCCACUACGAAGCCGGCCCAUCUCUGUUCCCAGGCAACGUGAUCAAAGGCAUCAAUGCCAAAUACUCCAAAUACGACCAGGAGAGCUGGGGCCAGCACGUCCUGAGCGAGUGCGAGAAAGAGCCGGCGUGUACCUCUUCGCUCGGAUUCGCUGCCGUCAACUCGGGUAGCACGGGUGGUAAAUUUUGGUUUGGAUACACUUUCCGCGGUGGACCGACAACGACGGCAAAUUACACUGAGAGUGCUGCUGCGUCUGAUGCUACGGCGUACACCAUUGUCAAGGGCAAGGGUGGUUGCAACGCCGGCUCCUACCCUUCAUGA